AUGCCACCAAGAUUACCGCUCCGCAAGCCCCUCGAGGCCCUCUUCAAGCGCAGCAAUGCCACCACCCUCACACCCCGCCGCACCCUCAUCGCCGCGCCGAAACCAAACUCGGGUCCUCUGAUGGAGCGCCGCGCCGACCGCGCCCUCCCCGACAUGACACCCAGCAAAUCAUGGAUGAUCACGUUACCCCUCUUCCUCGGCGCCAUGGCCGCCUCCACCCUCGCCAUCUUCAACUACCAAAAGCAAAACUCGUCCGUGGUGACCAGCACAAUGUACUCGUUGCGAACGAAUGCGCUUGCCAGAGAAAUCCUGGGCGAUGAGGUCUAUUUUGCCAGCAAGAUUCCUUAUAUCGGUGGAGAGAUCAAUCAGUUGCAUGGAAAGAUUGAUGUCGUGUAUUGGGUCAAGGGAACGAGGCAACAGGCAAAGAUGAGGUUCAAGAGUCACAGGAAGACGAGGAUGGGAAUCGUGAGUUUGAGAACUUAUCCGAUAGAGGGCAAAGUGCUGACACAAGAUGACAGNUUUGAGACGACGGAGUGGAGUCUGGAGUUGGAGGACGGCACUGUGGUCGAUUUGCUCAAGACCACUGAUUCCGAUCCUUUUGUCGCUACACCAAUGGAAGCAAAGGCUAUUGCUGCUGAGGCGUAG